AAGCUCGCUCCCGCUACUCCCUCCCCAUUUAAGGUGCGGCAGAGGAACAGGUGCGCGAAGAAUCUCCGAGAAGCUUUAUAAAUUGAAAUAGCCCCGUUGCGUUCCAACUCGCUUUCAGAAAGCUAAGGAAUACGUAACUAGAGCGCGACAGAGGAACUAACUUUAUCAGCAACACCGCAAACCUAGUCCAACACCGUCAGGUUGUGAGGAGUGGGGGGGUUCUGUACCUUCACAGCAGGUGGACGUCGUCUUUGUUGAUUCGCGAGUCAAGUCGAAGAAGAAGAAGCGGAAAAUGGCCCACGCGGGUAUGCAGAUGUUGGGAUUCGCCCUGGCUCUUAUCGGCGUAAUUGGAUUGAUAAUUGGCACCAUGUUGCCCCAGUGGAAGAUGUCCGCUUAUGUUGGGGACAACAUCAUCACGGCGGUGUCCAUGUACGAAGGACUGUGGAUGUCCUGUGCGUUCCAGAGCACAGGCCAAAUGCAGUGCAAGGUCUACGACUCAAUCCUGCAGCUCAACAGUGCCCUCCAGGCAACCCGCGCCCUCAUGAUUGUGAGUAUCAUCGUAUCGGUGGCUGGCUUGGGCGUAGCAGUCAUGGGAAUGAAGUGCACCACCUGUGGAGGAGAUGACAAAGUCAAAAAGGCCCGCAUUUCCAUGACUGGUGGCAUUAUCAUCCUGAUUGGAUCUUUGUGUGCCAUUGUUGCCUGCUCUUGGUAUGCUAACGACAUCAUCAAAGCCUUCUACAACCCUUUCACCCCCGUCAAUACAAAGUACGAGUUUGGUUCUGCCAUCUUCAUUGCCUGGGCUGGAUCGUUCCUGACUAUAGUGGGAGGUGCCAUGCUGGCAGCAUCCUGCCCAAGAAAAACCAAAUCCACUACACCCAAGUAUCCUAUCUCCAGACCCGCCAGCAGCAAGGAAUAUGUUUGAGCAGGACUGGACUCAGUGUUAGAGGCUGAAGGAACACUUUGAUAUUCAUACUAGUCCAACUCUGAGAUUGAAACGUUCAAAAGAUGUUAUGCUAGGAGGUGAUCAGUACUUGUGUUUUUUUAUUUCAUAUUUUAGUUUCUUCAGGGAUACCCUGUUAUGUUACUGUAAUAUUUUAACAAAUGCAUUAAAAUUUUAAAUAAUGGCUGUUUACUUUUUAAAGAGCAUAUUGGCCUUGCCCUGUCUUGAACUACGGUUAGUGCUUACUGAUAUGUGUAUGUAGUAUAUCCACUUAGUUGACACCUGUAAAGCACAGUUAAAAUGAAAGUGAUAAUCAAAUUUGGUAUGUAGAAAUAUUUUUCUUUGCAUACUACAAUGUACAGUGCAUUUUGGGGAAGAGGUUUGAAUGCACUGAAUAGAAAUGGGAUGGGAACUCUCACCAUUUGUCUGUAGAGGCUGAAUGCAUAGUAGUUCAUUAGCUGGCCAUCAUUAUAUUUGAUAACAUUCCAUGCAUUUGUUCCUUUUUUUUAUUUAUAUGAAAACUACAAAUCAUUCACUACCACUGAAGACUACUUAGAUUUAAUCAAGUGCCGGAGAGAAAUUGUAACUAUAUAUUACAGUAUACUGAAUUCUUCUACUCAUCCUGCCAAGGAAUUUUUUUUUUUAUAUGACAGACGUGACUCUUUGACUUGUUCGGUUUGUGUAAGUAGUCUUGGCUUAUUGUUUUUUUUUUUUUUUUUUAAAAGUCCCAAAGCUGUUGCUGCACUCAUUAGAUUCAGUUUUUUUAAAUAAUUUUAAAUUGUGAUUUGCAAAGUUUGUUGUACAUAAAAUAAAAGUUUAAAAAUG